AUGAAGUUUGCUGGUACUUCAAAAUUGGAGUUAGCAAAGCAUCGUGAGGUUGCGGUCUUCGUCCAGUUCGGUUCUGGUCUGGGCCAGGCUACGCAACACCAGCGUUUAAGGCGGUAUAUUCUCACUGAGCUUCUAAAGCAGAAUACGGUCUUAUGCCUUGACUGA